AUGCCAAGCACUGUAAAAGUUGCACCAAUGGCUGCAGAAAGAUCACAUAAAAUAAGUUCAUUUUCAAGGAGAGGAGGUGUUUCAAAAACGGAUCAGCUCCCUCCAACGAGCCCUGAUGGCAACUACUCAUUGAACACUGGACUAAAACAUUCAAUACAAAAUCCUUGCAUUUCUUUUUUUCAAACUGAAGCAAGGAAGACAAAUAUAAUGAAAAUGUUGGGUAGCUCUGAAUCCACUACUUUUGUUAUUCUCUUCAUUUCUUCUGUUUGUUACCUCCUCCCCAUUGCCAUAGCAUCUUCUGCUGAAGUUGAGAAUGAAAUUCCAUUUACUUAUACUGAAGGAACUGGUAAGGGGCCAAAGGAAUGGGGCCAUAUCAACCCACACUGGCAACUUUGUGACACCGGAAAAUUGCAGUCUCCUAUAGAUCUCGGUGAAAAAGUUCGAGUUCUUCCUAAUCUAGGAAAAUUGAAAAGGGACUACAAACCAGCUCCCGCUGUUGUGAAGAACCGGGGACAUGACAUUACGGUAAAGUGGAAAGGGGAAGCUGGAAAAAUUAAUAUAGAUGGGACUGAUUAUAAACUGCUUCAGUGUCAUUGGCAUUCACCAUCAGAGCACACAUUCAAUGGAACUAGAUAUGAGCUGGAGCUCCACAUAGUUCAUGUAAGUGCUCAUGGAGAGAUUGCAGUUAUUGCAAUUGUUUACAAAUAUGGCCGACCUGACCGCUUUCUUACUAGGCUUUUCCACCACAUAAAAACAGUUGGAAAUGGCGAGAAAUAUUUGGGGAUUGUUAAUCCAGGAGAUAUCAAAUUUGGCAGCAGAAAGUAUUACAGAUAUAUUGGUUCACUAACAGUUCCUCCAUGUACUGAGGGUGUUGUUUGGACAAUUGUCAACAAGGUGAGGACAGUCUCCCGGGAGCAAGCAAGAGCAUUAAGGGAUGCCGUUCACGAUGGAUUUGAGGCAAAUGCAAGGCCAACUCAACGACGGGAUGAGAGACCAGUUUUGUUCUAUACUCCGGUGAUGAAUGGCGGUUCCGCUUAGAAUCCGAUACAUACUAUAAAAAAAGAAAAACGAAAAAUUGCACCUCAUACCAUUAUAUCUCAUUGUGCAUUAAUAAAAUAAUAACUUUACUCAUUAGUGGAAUUAGCUUCAACUUUCUUUUUCCUUGAAUGUUCAAGUGCAUAAUGUAAGCUUUGUUUUGCGAUGAAUAAAAUCACAUUCCUUUAUAAAAAAAAAUAAAAAAAAU